ACUACUACUAAGUUAGACAAGGAUGAGUCAGGGGUUAGUGUAGAUGACUAAAAAUACAGAAGCAUGAUAGGAUCCCUUCUCUACUUGACUGCAAGCGUCGUCCUGAUAUUCAGCACAGUGUAUGUCUUUGUUCUCGGUUUCAAGGUAAUCCUAAGGAAAACCACUUGACUGCUGUCAAGCAAAUUUUUCGUUACCUUAAGGGAACUCAAUUUGUUGGUCUGUGUAUCCCAGACAUACUUAUUUUGACCUUCUCGGGUAUAGUGAUUCUGAUUUUGGUGGGAGUCUGACUGAUCGCAAGAGCACUAGUAGUUCGUGUCAAUUCACGGGUACUAGUCUUAUUUCAUGGUCUUGUAAGAAACAGGGGGCAGUAGCGCUAUCUACAGCCGAGGGUGAAUACAUAGCAGCAAGGAGUUGUUGCACUCAACUCUUAUGACUUCAGAAUCAAAUUCAGGACUACGGUAUGACUAUUCCAACUAUUCCCUUAUUUUGUGAUAAUACUAAAGGUAUUUGCAUGACCUAAAACCUGGUUCAACACUCUAGAACCAAGCACAUUAAAAUUAGAUACCAUUUUAUUAGGGAAUUGGUCCUUAAUAAGGUUAUUAAGAUCAAUCACGUUCCCUCUGAAUUCUAGCUGGCAGAACUUUUUACAAGGCCCUUGCAUUCUGAUCGCUUCACUUUCCUUUGCUAUGAAAUAGGGCUUCGUUCUCCAUCAAAUCUGGAGGAUCUUCUCUAAUUCCUAUGGUUCUUGCCUUGUUUGUUUAUGGUUACUUUUUUGUUUCUUCCUUUUUUAUUAUUUUCCUUCUUUUGUGCUCUCUGUCUCUCUAUUUAAGUUCGUCUCAUUCGUUUUGUUUUAUUCUCUUCAGCCUAUUUAGCUUUCUUAGAUAGUUGUGUCGGUCUCUUUUUCAAUGACUUUUCCCUUUGCCCUUUCAUUUACUAGGUCCCUUUUUCAUGAUCAUAUUCCUGCAAAUCCUCAUCGUCAUCGUGUCUCUUUUGCAUCUCGCACUAUUUUUCCUACGUAUAUUGUCUCGUUUCAUGAUCUCUUGGAUUUUGGGAUUAUUAUCGAACAGUUGGUUGACAACCUUGGUUGGACUUUUCUUCUUGAAGAUAAUUCCACUAUUGUCUAUCCCAAACAAGUUCGCCUGUGCUUUUCCAAUUUCCAAUCAUAUGGGAUCCACACUCGUACCUUCACCACCCUCAUAUAUGGUCACCUUGUCACAAUACCCUUAGAAGAUCUUCGCAGGCUUCUCGAUAUUCCUCACAUGGGGGAGAUCUUGCCAAUGAGUCUGAGUUUCACUUCUUUAAUUUCAUUAUUGUGGAGGAAUUUGUUCACCUCACUGGUCAUGUUCCUGAUGCCUCCCUUACUCUGCCUGCUACUUUUCUGCCUCCUUCCAUGCAGGCUUUUAACUUUGUCCUUACCCGUCGUUUUCUGCCCCGUACUGUUCUUCUUGAUCGAGUCGCUCCAAUGGAGAUCCUUUCCCAUGUUUCUGCUAAUGUUCCUUUGGAUUACUCGCUUCUUCUGUUUGGGGCUCUCUAUCCUUUCCAGCAGUUUGAGUUUCAAGCUCCUUUUCCGUUUGGGCCUCUAAUUACCCGUCUUAUAGUUCAACUUGUUAUCUCUCUGAACCCUUUCCGUUCCAUUACUCCUGCCAUUUAUUUCUCUGCGGAAGAACUCUUUGACGAGAUUCCAGUUGCCGUUGAGGGAGAGGAUGACUCUGAAGCUGACGAAGAAGAAGAGGAGGACGGAGAAGAAGAAGAGGACGGUGAUGGUGACUCUGAAGACGACGAGAUUGCUGAAGGGGAGGAAAACCCGGAGAUUCUCUGGAUCAGUAGCAACGACGACAGCGAUAGUGAUUAUUCUGACUCCGAUGACGGUCCCGCCCCUCCCCCUGCCUCUCCAGGAUCUAUCCUUGCUGCUGAGUGCUUUUUAUGAUUCGGCGUAGGCGCUUAGGUCGUUUUGUUUAUUUUUGGACUGUUUCCUUGAGUUGAUACUCUAUUGAGGAUUGUGGUUAUUUUUCCUGGUACUUUUCUUUUGGUUUGCUGGAUUGUUUCGAAUGUGUGGGAUUUUGUCUUCAGAUUUUGGUUCAAAUAUUUUUGUCGGAUUUGGGCUCCAUAUUUGCUGUCUUGUGGGAAGGUUGUUCUCUUCUUCUUUUGCAGGUUUCAAUCGGCAAUCAUCAAUCUCUAACUUAGGGGAAAAUUUUUUAGCGCUUUUGAAGUAAGAAGAUUGAUGAGUGAUUGAAAGCUUAAAUCAAGGGGGAGAUUACCUAAAUCCAAAGAGCUCAAGCAAUCAGGACCGUUAAUCAAGAUUGUCCCUUAUGGAAAGAUUUCAACCACAACGGCCAUCUCUAGCAAGCUAUUUAAAGUCGUGAAGUGAGCCUGUGAUCAUCACUUGUGAUAAAAUAUAGCGAUAGAGGGCUUAGUUGGUGUAUCAAGGGCUUGGUGAUUGGAAGGAAUAGGUUUUGAUCAUUUCAAGGUGUAACAGAUCUAGAUUGGGAUCUGGGUUUUCAUUUUCGCUUGUUCUUGAGUCUUUGUUACAGAGCCUUACAUUGUAUACUAUGUUUUGUUUCACAUAAAAUAUAAAAAUAAAAACAGAGUCUCUCGGAAGUAGUGGGUACUAUUUCCGAGACGUGGAGUAACCUAAAAUUGGUGAACCACGUAAAAAAUAUCGUUGUGUUCCUUUUAAUUCUUGUUUGCUCUGCUUCUUGUUUCUGUUUCUGGGUUCUUCAGCAAACAAGGGAAACCUUCUCUGUUCAAAAUACGAUUGAUCCUCAAUGGGUUGAUCGUUGACAGCUGACUUUCUCAUUAACCCGCAAGAAACAGGCCAUAUUUCUUUCUUUGGGCCGAGUCUUACUCAAAACCCAUUUCAGGGCCUGCUUUACAUGCCCACUUAGAGAUAGUUGAGAAAGAAACUAUUCGAGAUCUGUUUUGCAUAUCUGUCUCAUCUUCUCAACUUCUCUGUCCCUUGUUCAUUUCCUUUGCUAAAGCUCCAAAUCGCCAUUAUCGUUUUUCAAUACUAUACCUAGAUUCAGUAAGAGGAAUGCUUAUUUAUUUAUAUCUUUUUACUUGGUUUGCAUGAAAAAAAGUGAUUAAUUCCUGCCCAUCAGAAUCCGAGAUUAUGAAGAUAUUAUGGAAAUAUGUGAUGGAUCGUGAUGUUCUUUCGUCUAUUCAAAGAAAUUCUUGAAUGUGAUUGGUUGUUCCUUCAUCAUCCAAGGGCCAAGUGUCCGUGAAGCAUAAUCUUACUUUUAUGUUGGGUUUGAAUUGUGAUACCUAGAUAUGGCAAUUUCAACCUGACCCGUUUUAUCUGAUCUGUUUGGCCUGUUUUGGGGCGGGUAUGGGUAUUCUUAUCGAUCCGACCUGCCUUGACCCGCCCCAUUCUCGACUCAUACUUGUCUAAAUAACAUGUAAUCAUUGUCAAAUUACUUAGGAAUUUUCUUUUAUUACAUCUUAUUUUAGCUGUAAUAAAGUUGUAAAUUAGUG